AUCUUGAAAACUUAGAUAUUAAGCUUACUCUCCAUCGUGAACCUGCUACUAUUUCGGAUAAAAUUGCUUUUGGGAUUGUGAAAUUAUUAAGACUGCCUACAGAUUGGUUCUUUAAAAAGAAAUACAUUCAUAGAGUUGUAAAUUGGAAUGAGAAAUAG